AUGACUGGUUCACCUGCAACGCCGGCUGCCUUAGGCCUGAAGAUGGUCGACGAAUCGGUCAAGGAGACCAAGACCUCAGCUCAAGAGAAGACGAAUGGCAUAUCAACCACAAACGGCAAAGAGUCAAAUGGUGACUCCACCAACGGCGAGAGCGUCGAGAAAGACGGGGCCUCAGCAGAGACCAACAGCGAGGAGAACAAUGAGGAUGAGGAGGAGAAGCCCAAGAAGCCACUCGCUCCCUUCGGCUCAAUCGCUUCUACUAAGAACAUCUACAAGUCCGCCAAAGACAGCGAUGGCAACUGGACAUGGGUAGACAAGUAUCCGGAAGACGUGCAGGAAGCCGCCGAGAACGAAGAGACGGAGCAAUACGCCGUCGUGGUGCGCAACGUCAAGAGCAACGACAGCCGGAAGAAGCUUGAGGCCGAUUCCAUCGUCAUUCAGAGCCCCUGGCUGAAGAAGGCCUUGGGCGUGAUCUUGGACGGCUACACUGGCGUCGCUUGUGAGCUGGAACGUCUCGAGUUCGACGCUCCCUUCCGCCCCUUUGUACAUCGCUGGACGGAAUUCCGCAAGUACAUGGGCAAGAAGGACCUCGAUGCAAACACCAAGGAGCAUCUGACUAUCCUACAUGACAUCCUCCAGUACGAAAUUGGGAACACCAUCAAGGCAUUCGAGGAUUACGUCGCAAAGGGCGUCAUCACAUUCGAGCAUCUGUGGAUGAUCUUCCAGCCCGGUGCCAUCGUCCUCUCAGCCCACAAGGGUCCUCUAUCAGCCUUCGAGCUUGAGGAGACAGAGUACAUGGAGAACAACUGCGGUAAGUUUCUCCAGCUGCGCGCCGACUGCGUCGACUACGGCGGCAAGGAGUUCGGCCGCUACGGCGAGCGCAUCAACAUCUCCGAGUUCCUCGGCACUAAGAAGAUCACCGGCCUCAACGCUUUCCCCUGGGCAUUCCACGCCCAAAAGGAGAAGCUGCGUACCAGCCUUAUCCAGCGCGGCAAGAUCUUUGAGGAGCUGGCUGGGCACAACUACAAGCAGUACUCGGGCACUGCCAUCACCUGGGACAGCGAGGGCAACGAGGUGCCCAUCCAGGUCGAAGGCCGCAUCGUAGUUGACAUCAACUCAUUCAAUCGCUUCAGCCCUUACCGCAACCGUUACGUUGACGACUGGAACGCAAAGGACAUGGAGGCUCUUUCAGCGUGGAAGCGUCAGCAUGGGCUGGGCAAGGACGGCAACCUCAAGCUGACUCCUUACCACCAGAUGCUGGCGCGGUCUCGGACCCGGGGCUACUCCCUCAAGCUGAAGAAGUGGCUAGACUUCUUCGUCGAGCAGGUCAGCGAGAUCACCUGGAACACAAACGCCUUCGACAAGCUUGUUUUGCCCGAGGACCAGAAGGAACUGAUCCUCGCCUUCUCUGAGUCGCAACUUGACGGCUCUACUUUUGACGAUGUCAUCUCCGGCAAGGGCAAGGGCAUCAUCUGUCUCCUUUCGGGCCCCCCUGGUGUAGGCAAGACUCUGACGGCGGAAGCUGUCGCUGAGAACCUCCGCGUUCCCUUACACACUCUCAGCUCGGGCGAUCUGGGCUCGCAGCCGUGGGAGGUCGAGCACGGCCUCUCACGCAUCCUCGAACUCGUGGCGCGGUGGAACGCGAUCCUGCUCCUAGAUGAGUGCGACGUCUUCCUCGAGGCACGCUCUACGCACGAUCUUGAGCGCAACAAGGUCGUCUCCAUUUUCCUUCGGACGCUUGAAUACUACGAGGGCAUCCUCUUUAUGACGACUAACCGCGUUGACAACAUCGACUUGGCCUUCCAGUCACGCAUCCACGUAUCGCUCGAGUACCCGGACCUUACCCCGGAGUCUCGUCGCCAGAUCUGGCGCAACUUUUUGCAGGGGGCCACGCUCAAGAGCGAGGUCUCCGAUGAGGAUAUCGCUCAAUUGUCUGAGCUAAAGCUCAAUGGCCGACAGAUCAAGAACAUUCUCAAGACUGCGCAGUUGCUGGCUGCUAGGAAGAAGAGUCCACUCAAGCGCAGUUUCAUUGACAUUGUUCUUAACAUCGAGAAGCGGCGGCCUGGAGGACAGGCUUCUUAG